AUGGACUCCGACAUCCCCAUCCAGAUCGCCGAGACCGUUCAGACAGCGCACAUCAAGCGCGAUCCCUCCCCUUCGCACGACAUUAACCCCUCUACCGCGGCCUCCAAGCGCGAGCCCGCGUCCGUCCAGACACAACACCAUGACUACCUAAUAGACGACGGCGGGAUUGAUGAGGACGAUGAUGAAGAUGAGUACGCACAGUCGAAAACAGAAACGGACGAGGAAAGCGACUACAACGUGGUCAAGUCCCGGCCGCGGCGCAACAUCCAUCAGCUACCCCCGAUCCCGGACCUGCGGUACGAGCAGAGCUACCUGCACAGUAUACGCAAUGCAGACAGGUGGUGGAAGGUGGUGUUGAUUACGGCGAGGGAUCAGGCAUGUUUUUUUUUUUUUCUGCUGGCUACCUUGAAAAUCUCCAUGACUACAUGUCAACUAACACAAACCCCCUUCCUAAACAAACAGGUCAUGAUGCCCCUAGUCCAAGGUCUCCUCUACAACAUGCUGGUCUGCGGAUGGCAGUCCUGGAAUCGAAACGCCCAGAUCCACGGCUCCUCAAUCGGAGCCCGGGUACGGCGCUGGUGGUACGGGGUCAACAACUGGGAGAUUCCCCCUGCUCCCGGUCUAUCCUCUCCUUCUGUUAAGCGAUAA